AUGGCCUCCAGCACAAAGUCGUCGUGGGACAAGCUCCCGGAUGAGAUGAUCCUCCAGCUCAUCAGCUACCUGGAACCACGCCACAUUACAACCUUGCAGCUAGUCUCGAAAAGGCUGCGGAAGCUAUGCCUCGAUGACGAGCUUUGGAAACAUCUGUGCUUUGAAAAGUCGACAUGGUAUCAGGCUCUGAGGGCCCGUCGGAGCAUUUUCCGGUCGACCAUCCGGCCAUUCGACAGCGAGCUUGAUGCGUCGUCGCAUUCUCAUUCGACGCUUGGUGACGAGUGCAUGGCUCCUCCCGCCCUGGGCCGCCGGCGGCGCGAGCGGCAGGACAUGGCAAACUGGGACCCUGUUUUCCCCGGCGAGCGCGUGUCCUGGUACGACGAAUUCAUCCACCGCCAUGCCGGCACUUGCGUCAACUGGCUGGAAACGCCGCGCAUCCAUGAUCGGGGAAUCCAGGCCAUCGUCGAGGCCAGGGGCAUGGCGCUCUACAACCCCUACGAGGGAACCGAUGGGCUGGGCACCAUGCUCGCGGUUUCCCCGCUGGACGACGGAUCGGUCUGUCUAUGGGACGUCAAGGGAACCCGGGGCCAGCAAGGCCGAAUCUUGGCCACCAGCGAACCCGACAUACUCUUCAUCAACGGGCCCGGCAGCCAAAACAGCAAAAGGUCCAAGAAAAUCGACACUGGAGUGACGGAAUGCGUCAGUGUGAACAAUGGCGGCAGCCGAGCCUUUUUUGCCGUACAGAGCCAUUUGAUCGAGGUUGAUCUCAACCGUCUACAAGUCGUGAGCCAGGAAUCGUUCGAGUGGUCCAUAACGACUCUCUCGGCGGUCAGCGAGGGUGUUCCCUUGACGGUUGGCACCGCGCUGGGAAUACAUCUGCACGACUUCCGGAGGAGAGCCAUGGUCCCGCAUCAAGUGGUCGAGAGGUUGGACGGCCCACGUCUGAGCGAAACGGAUGUCUUGAGGGCCAUUUUCGACUCGAGACCCCUCCCGCCGUAUGCACCGUUGGCGCAGCCCACGCCAAUAAGCAUACUGCACCUCCCCCGGCCGGGUUCGCACGACCAAGUGUCGGACGACAUUUACGUUUCCGGCCGGUUUUCCAACAUUCUGCACUACGAUCGCCGCAAGUUUCCCGCCAUAGCAGGGUCCAUCUGGUCAGGGGCGCUCAUCAAGAGCCUGACGGCUCUGCCGUAUCCCUACUCGACCGUCGACGCAGAAGUGCGCCGCCUGGGGAACUCGGCUUGCGAGCCCGUAGGCCGGGGCAAGGCCGAGGGCCAGGGCAGGACCUUGAUCGCAGGUGGCGGGUACAAGUCCAAGGGGUCGCUUGAAGUGUACGGCCUGAGCUGCGGACCCGAGUCGGGCGGCAAUGCCACCUUGCAGAACUCGGUCAUGAAGAACAGGCAGACGGCGGCGUCGUCCACCAUCCUCUCGGUCGCGAGCCACGGCACAAGGAUCGUCUUCUCCGACGGCUCCGGGUUCAUCAAGUGGUUUGAGCGGGACGGGUGCACCGAAUGUCGGCACCUCAAAGUCGGCCACAGCGGCGCCGAGGAGCCGUCGUCUCUAUUCGCAUCGAUGCCCGCGUCCGACGACAUGGCGCGCAAGAUUGUCUCGACAAGGGCCAGCGAUGCGGCUGAUGAGCCGAACCAAGACAACAUUUUGCUCUGGACGGGGGAAAGGCUAGGCAUGGUCAGCUUCACGGCGUCGCCGCUCUUUGUGGAAACGGACUUUGAGGCGCAUGAGCCAGAGGCCGAUGCCGAAGACACACAGAGGCAUGAGUACGCCCAAAAAAUGCGCAGAGCCCUGGAGCAACAGGCAGACGAGGUGAAAUUCAUGAGCAGUUUCGGUUACGGGGCGAGGUAG